GCCCGAGAGGGGGUCGGGCAGUAGCCAGCAGCCCGGCUUUCCCUCCUUUCUUCUUCUCUCGCGAAGCCGGCGGCACCUGCGGCACCCGCGGUGGCCGCGAGAGAGGGCCCGAGCCCUGACCGGUGGCACCUACGAAAGCGGCCCGGCCUCCCUUCUUAUUCUUUUCUUCUCAUUUCCUCUUUCCUUCACCUGCGACUCAAGGGAGAGCUUUUUUUUCAUUUGAGUGCUCGAAAGGGGGCCGGGUCGUGGCUGCCGGCAACCACGGCUGGCCAGCAGCGCCUGCAGCAGCCGCAGGGGCCAUGGCCUUAAACUUAAUAAAAUGCUCUAAAGGACAAUGAAUUAAACUAAAUGAAGUUGUUGGACCAAGAAAUUUUUUGUUAUACCAGUGUCGACUGUCGUCUUUCGGACGGUGGGGAAUUAAACUACCCGUAUUAAUUAUUGCCGGCACUGCCCCCGUCAAGGCGGCUACCAAUGCAAAACAUUUUCGGAAUAUAAUAACAGAGCCAUCUGCCACCUGCCUCACCGAGUUAAGCGGCUAGCUCCUUUUAAUAUGAAGCCUUGCGUGGACUCGAAGUCACGGAGGAGGAACGGGUUUCUUCUGAUGGAAAGAGAGAAGACAGCCAUGGGGGACGCAGAGAGUAGCAGGGCCAGCAACAGAGUGAAGAAAUGGUCCCUCGAUGGAACCACAGCUUUGGUCACUGGGGGCACCAAAGGAAUCGGGCAUGCCAUAGUUGAAGAAUUAGCUGGAUUUGGAGCAACCGUGCAUACGUGUUCCAGGACUGAAGCAGAGCUCAACAAAUGCCUGGAACGAUGGAAAAGUCUGAACAUUCAUGUUACCGGAUCGGUUUGCGAUGUCUCUUCUCGAGCCGAAAGAGAGAAACUAAUGGAGGACGUCCGUUCCAUUUUCCAGGGGAAGCUCAAUAUCCUUGUUAACAAUGCAGGGACGGGCAUUGGGAAGCCAGCCCUGGAUUUCACUGCUGAAGAGUAUUCCUUUCUUAUGGCUACCAACUUGGAAUCAGCUUUCCAUCUGAGCCAACUAGCUCACCCUCUUCUGAAGGCAUCAGGGGCAGGCAGCAUCGUGUUCAUCUCCUCAAUUGCAGGGGUUGUAGCCAUAGGAAACUUAUCCAUUUAUGCAGCAACUAAAGGAGCAAUAAAUCAGCUCACGAAGAACCUGGCUUGUGAGUGGAUAGAAGACAAUAUCCGAGUCAACUGUGUCGUUCCAGGGUUCAUCCGGACCCCACUCGUAAAGUCUGUACUUGAAGACAAGGAAGCCACAGCAAGAGAGCUCUCCCGCAUACCUAUGAGGCGUGUGGGAGAACCAGAGGAGGUGGCAUCUCUCGUGUCGUUCCCAUGCCUACCUGCCGCUUCCUAUAUCACGGGUCAGGUUACUUGUGUUGAUGGCGGUCGGACUGUGUGUGGUGAUGCUUAGGAUAGGUUAUCAGAAAGCUUUCUCUAGUUAUGGUGGUUUUCAGUCAUGGAGAGCCAAGGCAAUUACUAGAGCCUUGGGAAUAAUAAGAGUUAGGAGUGACUACGUUUGCUUGUUGUUAUGGAUUGAUGGAUUCAAAUAAAUUAGAGCAUUGAUGACCCGGGCCAAAAUGCUCAUAUUUGAGUUGUGA